AUGACCAACCGCCGCUCUCUAACGCGGGAAGAGGCGUACGAAACGCUGGUCAUAAGCCCCGAAGCGAGUCCUAUUGAAGUAAGGAAAGCUUUUGUAAGUCUUUCUCUUAAAUAUCACCCAGACAAGGCCGGACCUUCCAAAAAGGUUCAUGAAAAAUACAUCCGGAUCCGUGCUUGUUACGAUUUUCUGAUGGAGGCGAGGCAGCCUGCAGAACCCCAGCGGACUCCUCCGUUUACUUCGAGUCCUGACCAGAGGUCACCACGACCUCCGGGGCCGAACAGAAACAGCGGGAACGAACCUCGACCUCCUUUCUCGCGGCCAAAUCCUCCAUGGCGACCGACACCUCGAGAUUACUCGAGCCUCAACCCUCCUCCUAGUGACGAAGCGCCAGUGCCCAGGGAGCAACAUCGUGCCCUGGGGCAGGUGCUCGGCCACUGGUUCGCAGAAAAUAUCUCUGCCCGGUCGGAUGAAGCCAAAAUGGCCGGGUUCUUUGCAAGUGUCUUCAAACACGUUGGCACAGCGCUGUGCGACGCCGUCACGCGGCUGCAGCGACUGCCACCCGGCGGCUUCGGUCACGAGAUGGUCAAGGCCCUCCAUGAGUUUGUGACAGAAAAUGAGGAUUUCAUGGCGUUGGUGCGGCUCAUCGUCGAGGGGCUGCCAGAAGGCGAUGGAGAGGCGAACAGACAGCAGACUAACAAGACCGUGGAGCUGGAGCUACUGACGGGGCUCGCUAUUGCCCCGAGGCCACCGGUCUAUUACUCGGCGCCAACUGCGUGCUGGUGA